AUGAUAAAUAGGAAGAGAACCAUAACCUAUUUAUUCAUAGCUUUAUUGCUAAUGACUAAUAUAGUCAUUGGUCAACAAGAUCCUUGUACAGCUAUUGGAGACCUUGACUCUUACGAAGCUGGAAUUGCCUGGAAUAAGAUGGUAGACGCUGCGACUGGGGCACUUGGUAGUGCUGUUGGUGUUGUUGCUGGUGGAGCUGUUGGUGGAGCAGUUAGUGCUCUUGCUGGUCAGUUGGCCAAGAUGUUUGACGUAAGGACAGACACGACUGAAUUGCUUGCCAAGUAUAUCAAAGAUACGAUUGUCUAUGCCAUCGAAUGUAAUGAUCUGAUGACCAUGCAAGUUGAUCUCAAAGCCAUUCUAGCCUCUUUUAAGGAAUCAUACUUUGUAUGCAUGGAGGCUGGCCCAAAUGAUAUCCGAGUCAAAUGUGGCGACCCGUCUGGCGAAAGGGACAAGAGUGCCUUUGCAACCUACUUUAGAAACCUUUAUUUGUUCCCUCUCAAGAGCAAAUUCUUUUUUGGAGUUUCCGAUGAAACAAAAUCGUUAAACGUCAAGGCCGCAGCUCUUCCAUUGUUUGUCCAAUACACCAACUUGUAUCUCGGACUGCUUCGUGACCAAAUUGCAGACGUCUAUAAAAUCGGUUACACCUAUGAAGAAAAGAAUUAUCUCCAAAGUCUAUUGGCCACCUUUGCUACCGAUGCCAGCAACCAUGUCAACGAUAUCUACUCGAGAUAUACGGCCACUCUCAACAAUGCCGCCACUCUUCCAGUCGACGAGUACAACAAGGUUGCUCAGUAUGUCAUUAUGAUGGCACUUGGUGUUCACGACCAAGCCUACUACUGGAAUUACUUGGAUCCUAUCAAGUACCCCUACGGUGCACCACCAAGACCAAUCAAGACCAUGUAUUCUCCUCUUGUCGGUAAACUCCAAACGUAUUCUGUUUAUCAAGUUAGUAGUGCAAAUGAAGGUACAGUACCAUCUGGUAUGAGUUUCCCAAACCCUUUAAAAGCCAACACUAAUCCAUGUAUGGCCACUCGAAUGCCAUCGGUCGGCCAAAUCAAAGUGUAUGACCAACACCAAUACAUUACCAUCACUCACAACUAUGUCGAUGGUGUCACUGGCUUGCGAUUCAUUCAAAAUGUACCACCCUUUACGUCGGCCUUGGCUGGGUUUGAUGAAGUCACAGGUGAUACUGUUGUUCUUGCAGGCACAGUCGUCUAUUACAAGCCAGACUAUAUCAAUUCAGUCACCACCUACUAUGGCGACUACAUUAAUCGUGUCUCGUUCAACUCUUCCAAAGGUUUCGUCAGCCAAGCUAUCGGUGACACUAAAACGAGUCCAUCUACUGUCACAACGACCUAUGGUGACGGGUAUUACCUCUCUGGUGCCUGUGUAGGAUCGAGAUACAUUGGUAAUGUUUUACAGGAUGGAGCAACCCUUACUUCAAACAGUCAAGCUGCCAGCUCGAUCAUCUACCUCUUCUCGACUGUUCCUAUCCCUUCCAAACCAAAGAUCCCAGUCAUCAUCUACAAAUACCACCAAGCACUUUCCUGGAUGAGCAUGUCGGCCAGGCUAAGUAUUUAUCGAGAUCCUCAAAGUCCUGAGCUUGUGGGCCAAGUGUUUGGAGCAUUCACCUACAACUCUGGUGACACUUCCACUUCAACUGUCUAUCAAUUCUCAUCAAAGACUGCUACCCCCGGACAAACCAUCUACCAAUAUCACAUUGGUUCCAACCCAACGGCCAUUGAUGGUACUCUGUUUACCGAGGAUGGUCCAGUAUUCAAUGUCUUCACCACUGCUGCGGCCGACAGAACUCCCAUUUAUCGCCAUGCUUCGACCGUUGGAUACUUCCAGGCCAUGUCACACGAACACUACAUCCCAGGAUUUGUCAACCAAGGUAUCGCAUGGUACAGUGUCACUUCUGCCGUCAACACCGAUGCUCACACAAAGGGUCCUGAAGACAAUGUAUUCAAACAACUCAAGAACAAUUUCUACAACAAUCUCUGUUUGUCAGCCAGUGCCACCACGGGCAAGCCAUCGUUGAGAAGCUGUGACCACACCAAUGGUCUUCAAAUUUGGAGAUUUACUCUCAGACCAACGGCUCGUAUGCUCACCAAUACUCUGACAAAGUUGCACCUCCAUCAAAGUUUGGACAACACUAUUCUUGCAGAUUUUUCCAACGACCAAUCUUAUCACAAGUUCAUUUACACCGCGUCCUCGAGCAACCAAUUCACUAUCAAAAAUACCAACUCUGGUAAAUGUCUCUCUGCACCCUCAACAUGCUUCUUCACUGACGGUAAUGGAUACCGUUAUGAUUUGUCGCCACUCUCAUCUGCUGCCUACAAUGUAUCGCUGACAUCCAACUAUGAUACCGAUAAUAACAACUAUCGUAUGUUUUUCAGUGUCUGCAAUGCUUCCCCACCAAGUUGUAACGAUGCCACCCUCCAAUCUUGUCAAUACUCACCCAAAUCUGGAGCUAUCUUUGCAACUGGUGUUUCGUCGACUCAAAACCUCGUCACGAUUGGUAGCGGUCUUGGCAAAGGAAUCAAUCUUAGAUACACGCAAUCCACUCGUACCUUUAUCACCAAGUUCCAAUGUGCCGCCACUGCCACUCCAUUUACUUGUACCGAAUCACCAGCACAAACCUAUACAUGCACCAUCUCUCAUCCAAGUGCAUGUGGAUCAAAGGAUCUAUCCAAUGAAAUUGCAGCUGAUCUCCCCUAUGUCACUUGUGACUCUACCGAUCAGAAACAACUAUGGAGUGUCCCAACACCAACAGCUUCAGUGCACACCGAUAAAGCAAUUGGAUUUGAACUUGGUGCGUUGAUGGAUUAUAAUGAAGUGUUUGGUCCAAACACCAUUUAUUCGUCUGUAUUCCCCAACUAUCAACUAAAUGCUAAUGGUGGCGUUAGUGCUGGUUUGACUCUCGGCCAGGGCAACUUCAAGUUAUUCCGCAGUGACUCUGGUAUGAUUUGGACAUCAAAUGAGGCUGUUGAUAGUAAGCUAACCUACAUGGCCACUCUCCAAGGUGAUGGUAAUCUAUGUAUUGCUCCAAUUAUGUCUGGGGCCGCCACAUACUGUACCUACACUCAAAAUCUUGGUGCAACUAUGGUCAAUAUCCUUCAACCAGGUGCCUAUGGCAGAGAAUGGGGUAUUGUCAUGACCAACGCAGCCGGCAAGAUGGUAUGGGGCAGAUUCGGAGCUGCUCAAUCCAACCGUAUCGCUCUCAUCCCAGGUAGUUUCCUCGAUACCUUGGAUCCAAACAACCGUGAAAUCAAGUCGGGUCAAUUCAUCACCAAUGGAAGAGACUAUCUCUCUGCAUCUCUCGAGGUCUCGGAUAUGACCAUGACCAUCUAUUUUACCAAUAGAAGUCCUCGAUCGUCCAACCCAUUCACCCAAUGGCGUGUAGACUAUAGAAACUCCAAUUAUGUAACAGCGGCACUAGAAGUAACCACCAAGGGUGCUUGUAUCCACGGAGUUAAUGCAGCUGGUUCUAAAAGUUUAGGUUGGUGUAUUGAUGGUGCCAACACCAAUGAUUAUCCAACAAUGAGAUACCUUCAAAUCCCUCCACCAGGAUCUCACUCUGAAAAUGAAGGUGAAACAGCAGUUGUUUAUCGUACGGCAACUGGUGCAGUCGUUUGGGGUAAAUUCAAGGUGUCUGGUCUAUAUGACAACUAUUCAUUGUACCCAACUGAAAAGACCGAUAAUUUCAUGGGCUCCUCUUUCUUGUUUGCCUCUUAUGGCCAACUCAGCUAUACCCUCACAAAUCUAAAGACCAACCAAGUCCUUUCCCAAUCCCCAGCUAGUAGACAGCGAUGCAGAAAGGGAUGGCAAUCCAACGGUAUAUUUGAAGUUAUCUACUCUUAUAACAUCAAUGAUUGUUCCUAUGGUCAAUGGGAUGCUCUUGUCUAUGGUAACAGCAAACCAGGCAGAGGUAAUCGUUUUAUUAUGGUUGCAUCAAUGCCUGAAAUGGUCCUUGUCGAUGGAGUAGAUCGUUAUCUCGAAGGUACCUCUUAUUCAACCCUUUAA